AUGAGCUACAUUCGGCGCAUGACGCCCAUGGACUUGUUCUCCUUGAACCUGACCAAUCUCGACGCUCUCACGGAGAAUUAUGACUUGGGUUUCUACCUCAAUUACAUGAUGCGUUGGCCAUCUCUCUUCAGCGUUGUUCAAGACCGGGAUGCAGGAAACGUGGGCUACAUCAUGGGAAAACUAGAAGAACAGCCGGCGGCAAUGCGCCAUUCGGAGCACUACACGCCCUGGCACGGCCAUAUCACAGUCUUGACAGUUGCGCCUGCGUGGAGAAGGCUUGGGCAUGCGCGGCGGUUGACGGAGAGCCUUGAGCAUUCGUCCGAUAUCAAUGAUGCAUGGUUUGUCGACUUGUACGUCCGGGCAACGAACAGAGUGGCAGUGGAUAUGUACAAGGGCAUGGGAUACUCUGUCUUCCGGCGUGUCGUGAACUACUACCAAGACGACCCAACCGGGAUGUCCGACGAAGGCGAGGAUGCCUUUGAUAUGCGCAAACCCUGUAGUCGAGACAAGAGCCUUCAACAUAUUCGAGAGAAAGGAGAGGAUUUCCUCGUCAAUCCUGAGGACGUUUAUUAG